CUGAUUGAUUUCCCUCGAGAACACCCAGUCUUGUGAGAGUCGGCAGAAAAACAUAAAAGCAUUGCUGACCGUCUCUUUUUCCCCCGUUCAGCUUUGUAUUAUCCCAAGUAUACUCUCGCCUGUUCUCGGCAAUCUACAACCUGAAGCAUCAAGAAGGACCCCACUCCUACUUACACAACCAUCCAAUCCCAACGCGCCUCACGGGACCCGGCACAUUCCAAUCUUCCGGACUCUCUUCACCGAGCCCGCCAGCUCGGUCAACACUCACGCACACAUCCACACACCCCGGUCACUCACCAUGUCCGCCAAACAAGAGAAUGAGAGCUCUGCGAGCAACUCUCCCAAGAGCAGCACCCCCGCUCCCUCAACAACAACCAGCAACACUUCACAGUCCGCCAACAGCACCAGCGCAGAGGACAACCUCAUCUGCAAGUGGAACGCCUGCAACCUGAAGUUUGUCUCACCUGAGGCUCUCUACGAGCACAUCUGUGAACGCCAUGUUGGCCGCAAGAGCACCAACAACCUCAACCUCACUUGCCAAUGGAACUCCUGCAGGACGACCACUGUGAAGCGUGACCACAUCACUUCUCACAUUCGCGUGCACGUUCCUCUCAAGCCUCACAAGUGUGAGUUCUGCGGCAAGUCAUUCAAGCGCCCUCAAGACUUGAAGAAGCACGUCAAGACCCACGCCGAUGACUCGGUGCUCGUCCGCUCGCCCCAGGACCAAGGUCUGAACGGCUACCGGGCGCAGCCUGGCAAAGCUUCUUCUAGCUACUAUGAUCAUAAUGGCCACAUUCGGACUAACUCCGCCGCCUUCGCACACCAGGCUGGGCAUGCUAGCUACUAUGCACCCCAACCAUCUACAAACUAUGGACUGUACUUCAACCAACAACCCUUGAACCCUCCCCGAACUGAGUACAUUGGCCACCACGGCGGCUAUGACAACCGCAGCAAGCGCGCCUUCGACAUGGUUGACGACUUCUUCGCCCACGCCAAGCGUCGCCAGGUCGACCCGACCUCCUAUCAACAAGUCGGCCGAUCCCUUCUCCCCCUUCACGGCGCUCUCGGCCUGCACGCCGGUCCCAUGCCCGGCUCCGACUACAUGGCAGCCCCGCCCCAGCAGCACGUUCACCACCAACAGGCCGGCGGACCUCCUUCCGGCCCCGGACCCAUGUCCCAGCAGUACUACCUGCCGCCCAUGCCCAACGCCCGCACCAAGAACGACCUGGUCCAGAUCGACCAGAUCUUGGAGCAGAUGCAGAGCACUGUCUACGAGAACUCGCACCAGGCCACGCAAGGAAUCCACAUCCACGGCCAGAACACCUUCGAUCUCCGCCACAGCCCCUCGCCCCCGGGUGUUCACAGAGGCUCUCACGCCGGCAUUCCAGUCACCCAAGACGGCUACCCCGUGUCCGCUGCUCACAUGGCGUCCCCGUUGACCGCAGUCUCGUCGACUGGAACCCCCGCCGUCACUCCUCCCUCAAGCACCAUGUCAUACACAUCUGGUCACUCGCCCAGCCCCUCUUCCUCCGGCAUGUCUCCCCAGUCCAGACACAGCUCCACCGCUUCUUCAGUCAUGUACCCCAACCUCCCGGCCGUCAGCUCCGUCUUCCCCGGCCAGUCCACAGCCUCCACGCUCGGACCCAGCUUCGACAGCAACGAGCGCAGACGCUACUCGGGAGGUAUGCUCCAGCGUGCCGCGCCCUCCUCGCCAAAGUCCCCCAUCAUCUACGAGGACUCCUCCAGCGUCACCACUCCCAAGGCCGAGUCCGUCGCCUCAUCCGUCGGCUCUCCCUCAUCCGAGUCGGACACCAGCGAGGGCGCCCGCGAGCGCGAGGAGAAGUACGACCAAUGGCUCGAGAACAUGCGUACCAUCGAGGCCCUCCGCGAGUACAUUCGCGAUCGCAUCGACCGCAGAGAGUACUCAGACGAGCCCGCCGAGAAGGCCGCUGCUGAAGCCGCUGCUCCUGCUCCCAAGUCUCCUGAGGCUAGCCGUCUCAAGUCUCCGGAGCCGAUGGAGGUUGACGCCAAGCCUGCCCCGGCUGCGCCGUUGUACCCCGUCCUGCGCAUGGCGAACUGAAGAAAGUCAGACAACCCUGCUGUCUGUGUCGAAGAGAGGCCCCAUCUUGGCGCGUGUACCAUUAGCUGUGUGUGUCCUAUAAGCGUGUCUUUUCAAAAAGUUUUUUCUCCAACUUUGAACUGAGGGAAAAGUGAUCGGUUUCAACAAAAAACUGGUUCGUAUAUCAUUCUACUGCAAAACUUUUUUUUCUCUUCUUUUAUCAUCAAAUGCGCUUUUGGCAAAAUACCUCCCAAGGCCUGUCGAAGCCUCUUUGUUACGUUUACAUACCCUGGUCGGUGGAAGUUGAAAGGGGGAAAGUCGGAUUUGAAAUCAACGCAGUCUUGAAAACGCAGAUGGAUUGGAGUGGACAUACUCCCAUCAACAACAACCAAACAACACUUUUGAUUUUCACACCAAGCAUUUUAACAUGUCAACGGAAAGAGGGCGAGUUUUAAAUAUUCGGGAGGGGUGCUUUGCGAGUUCAAAGCAUUAUUGCUAUGAGUGCGAAACAUCCUGUUCUUUCUACUUUUCAUCAACGAACGGUUGCGCGGUUCUUUUAUCACAACGGAAGUUAUCGGAACGGGGAAAUGAUGAGAUCAUGAAAGGAAACCAAACCAACCAAAACAAAGUCAUGUUGCUUCGCCACCUAUGUAGUCAGUCUCCUUGGCCUUGAACGCAAAAGGGUCGAAAUGAAUGCUUAUUGUUACCUCUG